AUGUUUUCUGUUACCGACGUUAUAUUAAUUGUCGAUGCAAAAUUGAAAAUGUUUUUUUUAUUUGUUUCAGAUACGAUAGCAUUAAAAGAUGUCCAGUUAAUAUCACCUUCCGCCGUCAGACUCGGAGACACAGUGCUAUUAGGUUGUAAAUGGACUCUCGAAGGAAAUGAGUCACUGUACAGUGUAAAGUGGUACAGAGGGAGGCAGGAGUUCUUCAGCUACUUGCCGAAGGAGUACCCUUUCACGAGAAUCUUCGCUCAGCCUGGAAUCGAUGUUGAUGUAUCAAGAUCAACAUCCCAACAAGUCGUUCUAAGGGAUGCCACAAGGGCGCUCGCUGGUCGGUACCGGUGCGAAGUAUCCGCUGAUGCUCCAUCAUUCCACACCCAAGUUCGUUCUGCAUACAUACACGUCGUUGAACUCCCGCCAGAAAAGCCUUCAAUCAAGGCAGAGAAGGGUUGGUACGCAUCCGGAGACUCGCUUCGUGCACAAUGCACGUCACCGCCAGCUGAUCCGCCAGCCAACCUUACCUGGCUACUUAAUGGACGAGAUAUUCAAGGAAAGCCAAUAAUUCAGCAGCGAAUAUUGCCAAGUCCAGCAAUAUCUAUUGAUUUGCCACAAUCAAGUCGGAUCACAGCAGCCCCGGGUGAUGAGAACAGUAAUAUUAUAUUCAGUCCGUGGAAGGCAUUUGGACCAUUCGUGGACACAGUACAGGACAGUGAAAUACUGCCAAGUCAAGAUUCAGUAGUAUUUCCAACACCAAGAAAUCAAGAUUCAGCUUCAGAUGAUGAAAUCACAGAUCCUACACCAACAAUGGAAUCGUCUAAAAAGGUGGCGUCGAUAAGUCAGCUUUCUUUCAUGGUGAGACCUGACAGCUUCGAACGAGGACAGCUGAGACUGACCUGCAUCUCGACUGUACAUUCAGUAUACAGCGAACAGGCAGAACUAGUUAUUAACGAGGAGCGGCCUCAAAUAGCUUCAGUUCUCGGCACCAGAGAUCGAUCUUCAGGUCCGAUAGCUGCUUCGUCGGUCCUAAUCGUGAUCUGUUCUGCAUUCACCAUCUCGAACAUACUGAGGGAUAUCCUGCGAUGACAAGCCUGCAGCGACAAAGUAUAACUUUUGUAUAUAGAGUCUUUUUAAUUAUAUAAAACAAGAAUACAUGUGACAUACACACCCCG